AUGACGAAUAAAAUUCGAAAAUAUAUGGCUGUUGUUAUUAUUAUUAUAUUCCAAUUUUUUGAAAAAUAUGAUGGAAUAAAAUUAAAAAAUUUUUAUGACUACUUUAAUUUUAUACAACCAAUUAAGAUUGAAGGUUAUUCAAGAUAUCUAUUAAAUAAUAAUUUCCAAAAUGUUAAAAUAAAAAAUAAAAAUAAACGAGAUAGAAUAACGACAAUAGGUCCUAUUGAAUGGAAUCUUUCUGUCUCUGGAAAUGAUGAAAAUGGCGAAAAUGGCGAAAAUGAUGAAAAUGGCGAAAAUGGCGAAAAUGAUGAAAAUGGCGAAAAUGAUGAAAAUGGCGAAAAUGAAAAUGGUGAAAAUGAAAAUGGUGAAAAUGAAAAUGGUGAAAAUGAAAAUGGUGAAAAUGAAAAUGGUGAAAAUGAAAAUGGUGAAAAUGAUGAAAAUGGUGAGGUGGUUAGAAAUCACAGCACCGAAACAAAUCGCGACACCGAAACAUAUCACAAUGUUGGAAUAAAAAAACAAGCCAUGCAAAAAAAAGAAUUUUUAAAUGGGGAAAUAUUAAAUGAAGAAGAAAUAAAUGAGCAUAUGCGAUUUCAGCAAUGGAGCGAUAGUAUAAUUUAUUCAGGAAAAAAUAAUUUUUAUUAUGAUAUUGAAAAUAAAUGUGUAAAUACAAAAAAUUAUAAAAAAAUUAAUCAAGUUAAUACAACAUUUUAUAAAAAGGAAUUAUCUUUAAAUAACACAUCUAUAAAACUUAUCCCUUUUAACACAAAAAAAAAUGAAGAACAAAAAUUAAAUUAUGAUAUGUAUGAUAAUGACAACGAAAGCAAAAGUAAUAACGAUGUUGCAUCUAUUUAUAAAAACGAAUCGAGAGAAGUCGCUUUAAGUCAAGAUGAAAUAAAACAACUUUCAGAUAUCGAAUGCACAAAAAAAAAAAAUAAUUUUUUUCCCAAAAAAUCAUUAUAUAGUUCUAUUUAUAUUGGAAAGGACAGUUUUAAUGAUUUUAUUGAAAAGGGAAUAGAUUCAAUAAAAAUGAGUCUGAAUAAAUAUUUAAACUCUUUUUAUGAAAAUAAUUUAGAAAUAAAAUUAAAUGAUAAAAUAUAUAUCAUGUUCAUAAUAAAAUAUACAAAAAGCUAUAUAUUAGACAUAAUAUAUAAAACAUUCCAAAUAAAGCAACUUAACGAAUUAGAAAUUGAAAAUGAUAUAAAUAUAUAUCCAGAAAAAAAUAAUAUUAAUAAUAAUAAUAGUAAUAUCAAUAGUAAUAGUAAAAAACUUAUGGAUAGUGAAGUAUAUUUAGACAUGCUAUCAGAAUAUGAAGAAAUUUUAAAUAUACUAAUUGAAUUUUUUAAAAAAAUAAAUGAUAUGUUUAAAAUAAAUGAAAAUGAAUUAAUAGAAUAUUUAAAAAAUCAAAAAAAAAAAAAUAUAAUAAAUUAUUCUACUCCAUAUAUAUUAAAAACUGAUGAAGAAACAGAAAGACAUAUUAAAAAUAUGUGGACCUUUUUUAAUUGUAAUAUAUUUAAUAAUGAAUUGCCUAAUUUUGAUUUUAUUCAAUUUUAUUGGAUAGAUAGUAAAAUAAAUGAUCUAUUAAAUAUUCCAAAUAUGAAAACAUAUAAUAUAACUAAUAAAAAUUUUAUAAAUUUACCAAAUAUUUUAUUAUGUUCAGAAUUAAGAACAUCUCCUAUUUUACUAAAUUAUACAAUAUUAAAAAUUAUGUACGAAUAUUAUAAAUUAAUAUAUAUAGAUAUUUUACCAUUUAAUCAAGUUAAAAAUUAUAAAAAAAUAAAUAAAUUUGAUAUAAUAAAACAAAAAAUUAUUAAAUAUGUUCAUGGUGUAUCUGGAUUGUUAGAAAAUAUUGAUUUUUAUUUUUAUGUUCCUAAUUUAGGUGAUAUAAAUUUAAGUCCAGAUCAAUCUGCCACUUUUUUUUCUUACAUAAAAAAUAUGACACAAAAUAAAGAUACUGUUUUAUAUAAUAUGGAAUAUAAUAAAUAUAUUAAUUAUUAUGAUAAUAUUCAGAAUCCUACACAAAUACAAAAAGAUAAAAUAAUAAAUAAUGAAGAUUUCGAAAAUGAUGAUUUAGUCAUAUUAAUUUUAAAAUCAAAAAUAACUAAUGAUAUAAAUAAAGCUAUCAAAAUGGUACAAAAUUUAUAUAUAAAAAAAGAUGUAAAUUUAUUAUGGGGUGAACAUGCUUAUCCAGAAUUAAAAAAUAAUGAUCAUAAAAAUAAUAAACUUGAAAAAUUUCGUAUUCCUCUAAAUGAAUUUGCUGCAUCUCUUUUUUUAUGUGAUAUAAAUAAUUCGGUUAAAUAUUUAACACAAGGAAUAGAUAAAUUAAAAGAACUCACCGAAUUUGAUUUAACAUAUGUACAUAAUGCAUUAACAAAUUCUUGUCUUAAAUUUUUACAUGAUAGUGGUAAUGAAAAUGAAGAUGUUGAAGAGAUGUUAAAAAAAUAUGAAAAAAAUGAAAAAGUAGAAAUUACUAAUAAUAUAAUGGCAUUACAAAUGAUGAUUGUUUUAGGAGAAUUAUUUAGAAACAUAAGAAAAAUGAGAUCUAAAGAAAAAUAUGUUUUUAAAAAAGUUCUACAAACUGAUGUUUUGAUAGAUAUUUAUAAAAAUAAAAGUAUAUAUGAUGAAAAUAUAAAUAUAAACACAAUUAAUAGUGUUAUUCAAAAUAUAAAAAUUGAAUAUCCUAUUAAUCAAAAUUUAAUUUUAUUAAAUGAAUCUGAUGAUAAAUCAAACAUUACAGGGGAUGGUAAAGAAGAUGUAGCAUAUUAUUUUUUAAAUUAUUAUACAAAAAAUUUAUUUAGAUAUGAUUUGCCAAAUAACAUAAUUAUAAAAUAUACUGAUAAUAUAUACGGAUUAAGUUUUUCUGAUUUUAGUUAUGAUUAUAUAAAUAACGAUAUAGUAAUAUAUAUCAAUAACAAUGUUAAUAAUUCAUUAUUAUUAUCUAGAAUCAUUUUAGAUGAAUGUUUAAAUAUAUAUGAAAAAUAUACUACAUAUAUCCAUAAAUUUGGCAGUAAUACGGAUAGUCAAACGAUAAAGGACGCCAAAAAAAAAAAUGAGGUUAGCUUAAAGAGUGGUUCCAACUAUGGCGAUGCUGCCAAUUGUGGCGGUGCCAGCCAAACUGACAUCCCGGCAGAUGCAACAAACUAUACUGAAGAAUCGAUCGAUCCUAGUAACGUAAAUCUUGAUAAUAUAAAACAAGUACAAAAUAUUGAUAUUGAAAAAGAUCAGGAUUUAAAAAACGAGGAAAAUAUUCCUGAUGAGUUUGAUGAUGAGCAAGUAGAUAUUUUUAAUUUUUCUAAAAUAAACAAAAUUAAACAAUUUAUUCGAUUUAUUAUUGAAUAUAAUAAUUGGCCAUUUUUUAUAGACGAAUUAAUGAAUCUAGAAUAUUAUUUAAAUCAAGAUGAAAUAAAAAAAUUAGGAAAUAUAGAAGAAUAUGAUAAUAAUUUAAAUAGUUUUUAUUUGAAAUUAAAAAAUGGAAAUAUAGAUAAUAAUAGAAUCAUGGAAAUAUUAACAAAUUCAAUUAAACGUGAUGAUCCUCAAAAAAUAUGGAAUCAAAAUAAAAUUCCAAUUAAACAUAUAGCUUCUGCAAUUUAUACAAAUAAUUAUAUAAAUAUUUAUAAUGUACUUUCAAAAGGUGUUAAUAAAUUAUUAAAAAUAAAUGUUAAUGAUAUAGAUUUUAUUAUGAACAAAUGUAAAUAUGCUUGUGAAAUUGUUUAUUAUAAAAGAUUAGAAGAAAUAAAAUUACCAAACAAUAAUUUAUUAUUUACCAUGUAUAAUGAAAAUUUAAGUUGUAUUGAAUAUUUUUUUGAUAAAUUAAAAGAAAAAAUCAUUUUGAUAUCUUUAGUAAAAACUGAAAAUGUAUUUGAUACAUUAAUAAAACUAAUAUCCGAUAUAUUUCCAAACAAAACAAAUACAGACAUAGAAGUGAAUAAUAAAAAUUCGUCAAAAACAAAAGAAAAUAUUAAUGAAUGCAUCUUUUUGAAAAAAACAGGCCAUAAUAAUGGUAGUAAUAGUGGUAGUAAUAGUGGUAGUAAUAAUCGAGGUGGGUUCACCGACCCAAUAAAUAGAGAAACGGUUACAAAUAAUUUAUUUCAAUUUUUUAAUAACGAAAUAUUCCAAAAUAAAAUUAAUAAAAAUGUGCAAAUAGAAUUUGUCAAAGAUUAUAAAUUCUUAUCAAGUCAUGCAAAUUAUAUAAACACUUUUGAGCAUUCUAAAAUAUUUAUUAAUGAUAAUGUAUAUUCAAUAAAUAUUUUGUCUAAUAUAUUAUUAAAAGAAAUGUCAGAAAUUUUUUAUUUUUAUAAUAAUAAUCAAAUACAAAAUGAAAAUAAAUUAUACUUAAAAAAUAAUUUCAACAGUUUAUAUCUACCUAUCAUAUUUAAAUAUUCAAAUAAUUUUGAAAAAUAUGAAACAUCGCAAAAUUUUGAGUUUAAAGAAAAAAAAAAUACAUCCAAAAUUGAACAUAACAAUGAAAUAAAUAAUCAGAUGAUAGAUAAUCGUAAUAUGGAUGAAUUAAAAAGAGAAAGGGAUGAAUUAAAAAGAGAAAGGGAUGAAUUAAAAAGAGAAAAGGAUGAAUUAAAAAGAGAAAAGGAUGAAUUAGACAUGAAUUGUUUAAUCAAUCGAAUAGCAAAAUAUAAUCAUGAGGAAUUAUUUAAAGAAAUCAUGGAAUAUAGAAAAGACAAAUAUAAUGACAAUGUGGAAAUACAAAAAUGUCUUGAAGAAUAUUUAUACACAUAUGAAAAGGUAAAUCUUUUAAAAUAUGGCGCCCAAAAUGGGGAAGAGAAUGGUGGGGAGAGUGGCCGAGAGAAUGGCGAAAAGAGUGGUGGGGAGAGUGGCGGAAAGUACGAUGCAGGAUUCGAACCAAUGGAUAUCAAAACAAUAUAUCUAAAUUAUAUGUAUAAAUAUAUACAAUAUGUGAUAAAAAAAAAAGAACUACCAAUAUCUUUUAAUACUAUAAAUGAGGAAUGGAUUAAUUCAUUAACUGAAUUAGAAAAUCAAAAAAUUUUAUCAUAUUCAACAAAAAAUAGUAGUGAACAUUUAUAUGACUUGUUAAUAAAUAGUAAAGCUUGUUCACCAAAAAGAGCUUUAGAAAUUUUAGAAAAAAGCUUAGAAUAUUUACCUGAACAAAAUGAAAAUAAUGGAUUAACUGAAACGACAAUUUCAAAAAGUGAAGAUAAAGAUGCUAUCAAAAAUUUUGAUGAAUAUGUCUUAUGGAUAAAUAAAAAUAAAAAAAAAGAUUUUGGGUUACCACAAAAUAUUGAUUUGUUGAAUGAUUAUGAAUCAGAUAAUAUAAAAGAGGAUAUACGAGAAGUUAUAGAUCAAUAUAAUUCAAUUUAUGAUACACCCCAAAAUAAAAAUAUAGAUCCUAAUAAUGUUACUAUAGAUGAUCUAAAAGAUAUUGUAAAAAAACAUAAUAUAUCAAAAGAAGAUAUACAAGCAGCUAUUAGCCAAUUGGAUAUGCCCCCUGAUUUUGACAUUGACUCGUUAUACAAAUAA